AUGCCUACCACACUCAAAGAAUUCGAAAGCGUAUGGCCGCGCAUUGUUGCCGACCUCCAGGAGCACUGCAAUGGGUACAAACUGCCCAAGCAGUCCCUUGAUUGGUUCACAAAGUCGCUCGACUACAACACUGUUGGCGGAAAAUGCAACCGUGGCAUGUCUGUCAUUGACACCAUUUCAAUCCUCCAGAAAAAGACGCUUGACCCGUCAUCAGAAGAAUACUUCCGUGCUGCUCUCCUAGGAUGGAUGAUCGAACUCCUCCAGGCCUUCUUCCUGGUUUCCGACGACAUCAUGGACUCUUCAAAGACCCGCCGUGGUAGCCCUUGCUGGUACCUUGCACCCAAGGUUGGCAUGAUUGCCAUCAACGACGCUUUUAUGCUCGAGUCGGCCAUUUACGUACUUCUGAAGAAGCACUUCCGUCAAGAGAAGAGCUAUGUCGACAUGAUGGAGUUGUUCCACGAGGUUACAUUCCAGACGGAAUGCGGCCAGCUGUGCGAUCUGCUGACUGCACCCGAAGACGAUGUCAACCUUGACAACUUCAGCCUUGACAAGUUCACUUUCAUCGUCAUUUACAAGACUGCCUACUACUCUUUCUAUCUCCCGGUCGCAUUGGCCCUCUACUACGCUGGUGCAGCCACGCCAAAAAACUUGCAGACUGCAGAAGACAUUCUCAUCCCCAUGGGCGAAUACUUCCAGGCACAAGACGACUACCUUGACGCUUUCGCCGACCCAUCCGUUCUCGGCAAGAUCGGCACAGACAUCAUGGACAACAAGUGCUCGUGGUUGAUCAACCAGGCUCUGAAGAAGGUCAACCCCGAGCAACGAAAAUUGCUAGAGGACAACUACGGCCAAAAGGACUUACAGAAGGAGGCCAAGGUCAAAGAGUUGUACCACGAGCUGAAACUGAAGGAGUUCUACGAGCAGUGGGAAGAGGAGCGCGUUGCCGACUUGAGGGCUAAGAUCGACAAGGUCGAUGAGAGCGAGGGCUUGAAGAAGGAGGUCUUUGAGACCUUCCUCCAGAAGAUUUACAAGAGGAGCAAAUAA